AUGGCUCAACAAUUCUUUUUGAUCUGCAUUUUACUCCUGCUAGGACUCAAUAACGAUGUCACUGCCGAGAUGCCAACCAUGGUAGUUGGAGGCUAUGGAGUUGCGCUUGCUCCAGCACCGACCGAUCCGCCACAGCGAGAGCUUGUGAAAGCCAGAUUGAAGGAGAGAGAUGUGACUGUUUGCAAUGAGUGGACUAUACCUGGAGGUUAUGGGAUACCACAAUGCGCUAAUUCGGAAACUUGUUUGUUCACAAGUGUCGGUACUUACAAUUAUGAAGGAUGUGGGAGUGUUGGAGUUGCUUAUAAUUGGAUUACUCAAUGCUGGGAUUCGCCAAAAGUAGGAACAGCACCUAUUUCCCAACUCUAUUGUUCGUCUGCGGAGCCAUAUUGCGGGUAUCUUGCUUUCGUAUACUCAUCGGGCGCCACAUAUUCCAAUUUUGGAUGUAGUACAGUGCCGUACAGCAUCACCGUCGUCCUCCAAAACUCUGCCUCAACCUCCAUCGUUUUCCAAGGGGCAACUUCCUCAUUAAUAUCUAACCCUUCCCGAACGAUUACUGUCAUGCCUUCAGCCACUGCAAGCACUCCCACAGUAGUCAUAAACUCACAUACAUCAAAAUCAACUCCGAUAGGCGUGAUCGUCGGUGGAGCAGCUGGUGGGAUAGCAUUAAUCGCUGGUUUACUCUUUCUGAUAUGGUUCUGCAUCCGAAAACGCCGACAAAAAUCCAAAGCAGCGCAGGAAUUACACGCAGAGCAAGCGGAGUUGCAACGACAAGCGGAUGAAGCCACAGCAGCGGCAUAUCUGAACCCUCAACGUGUCGCUGAAGCAGACGGGAAACCCAUCGCACCCACAACAGCGUACGAAGCACCAGUUGAAAAACAGCAGAAUGUCACGGAGCAAGAGACGUUUCGACCACUAUCAACCACCUACGAUGGUAGAAGCAGUAGUAUCGUAGCAACACCGCCGCCGAUGUACGCGCAGCCUAGACCUGCGAGUACUCCCCACCCAGCAGAACCUCAUUCACGCUUGCCCAGCACAGGUAUUAUCAGUCCCAUGACCCCUGGCUUCCCAGCCACAAUCGACGAGCUCAGCGACGAACAUAGGCGUAGUGAGCUCGGUUCUAUGAGCAGCAUCCGACCUGGCACAAACGAAUUAGGCCCUGGAGACUCGGCGAGUAAUUACGGUAUCCCCGUUGGACGCACCGAACUUGGAGGUGAGAGCAGGCCGUUGUAUAAAGCGUAUUCGCCGCCGCCGCAGGAGCUGUCGGUUGGUAGUGGGAGUGGUGUGAGAAGAUAUCAAGCGUACUCGCCGCCGCCUAGCGAGGAGGAGGUUAUUGCGCGGACGGGAGGGAUUGGACGGGGGGAUCUGGGGAGGAGUUUGAGUCCGGGGGUUGAUAUGAGUGGUGCGCCGCUAGGCGAGGAGUAUCAUGGUGAUGGGAAGUAA